AUGGCGCCACAGCGCACACUCGCAGAUUCAAUGCAAGGCCUCAGUCUAGAUGACUCCAAACCAGCAAAGACUGCAAUAUCUUAUCCUGAUACGCAGCCCAAGCCUAAUCCGAAACCGGCUCGCUGGCCCAAACUGCCUGAAGGCUGGCAGCAGCAAGACCGAUACUUCGCGCUCGGUUGGGAUAUCAAACACCCUCGCCUGCAGGAGUUUGUCAAGAUGUACACUCCGGAACACCUCCUCGACGUGCCAUACCUUAUCCGCGCGCCCGAGAUCCUCGAGCGGGGUUGUUGCUGGCGUCCGAUUCAUCUGUUCACCGCCCUUCCUCAGGAUGCGAGUCCGCCCGAGCCAUGGGAUGACCCCGACUGUCCAUCGAUGACCAUCAUCGCGAUUUCUUUUACAUCGGACCAGCAGCUUUAUGAUAGAAGGCCUACGCGGGAGCAGUACGACUGGUUGAGCCUGGUGUUUGGAUGUCGUCCGGAAUGGUAUAGGGACGUCUUUCCAAAGAAAUACGCCUAUUUCCAAGAUAUUUGGCCCUGA